CUGACUCUGUAGUGCUAUCAGGGCAUCCAUCUGAUCUGAUCUCCACUUCCCUCGCCAAGCGCAAGUGCAACAAAGACCAUUGCUGUUUGCGCGCAGAUAUAUAUGGCGUGCGGGCACUUUCAUCCAUCGCGACAUCGAUCUCAACUACUCGACAAGCACAACCAAAACUAUCAUGGAUAUAGAGAUGGAAUCCACACCGAGAAGCACCACAACAGCAGCAGCAGCAGCAGCAAAAGCUUCAGACUUUCAUGAUCAUGAUCAUGUCUCUGUGAAUCGGGGUUCCAAAUACCACCAAGAAAGGAGACCACCGAAACCCAAAUCCACCAAACUCCUCAAUCCCCUCCAGAAAGGUAUUAUGAUGUACCUGACAACCCAUCACACUUCACAACCGCAAAUACAAUCACAACCACCAACCCAACCCAACCCGCCAGCAUCACCACCACAAGUCAACCCUCCAACACUAUUAUCACCCACCGACCUCCCCACCCGCUUCACAAUCUACGCCCCCCUGCUCCUCUUCCCAGUAAACGCCCUCACGACCCCACCCCCCUGGGCGACCCUCUACGCCAGCCUCACCCCCACCCAGCGACAAACCCUCUUCAAAUGCAUCAUUGCCGCGUUCGCGCGCUACAGCAUCACGCACGUGGCCAUCAACGCGCCCAUCACGCUAACCACCACCCACGGCGCCGAGAACACCAUGCGCAGUCCGGUGGGGUUGGUCCCGCUGUUUGGGGAUUUCGGGCCGGUGUGCGGGGGUGGGAGUGGGAGUGGCAGUAGUAGCAGUGGUAGUGGGAAUGGGAAUGGGAAUGGGCAGCCGUCGGAACAGGACCUCCGGGAGGCGUUUUGGGUGAGUACGGUGCAGAAUCAUGGCAUCAGGCAGGUGUGGGCGCCGCUGUAUACGAUGUUUUCGAGGGGCAAUGUUACGGAGAAGGCGAGGAUUUUGGGAUUGGGUGGGAAUGGGGGCAUGGAGGGGUUGGAGGAGGAUGUGGGGGAGAUGGGCGUGGUGGAUCUGUAUGCGGGGAUCGGGUAUUUUGUGUUUUCGUACCUCAAGCGCGGGGUGAAGAGGGGUGGUGAGGGUGGGGAGGAUGGGGGGUUGGAGAUGGAGGUGAGGGAGUUGGUGGAGGGGUUGAGGGAGGAGGAUCGCGUGGUGGUGUUUCAUGGGGAUAAUCGGUUCGCGGAGGGGGUUUUGACGGAGGCGAAGGCGCUGAUGGAGGCGAUGGGGACGUGGAGCCCCAUCAGGCAUGUUAACCUGGGUCUGUUGCCCUCGUCGGCGCCGGCGUGGGGGAGUGCGUGUGCCUUGGUCACGGCGGACAUGGGGAGGUUGAGGGCGGAGGUUCUGGGGGUGGAGGAGAAGGGCACAGGGGAGGAGGCAGAGGUCAAGGUGGCGGAGUGUCGACAUGUGGAACAGGUCAAGACGUACGCCCCGGGGGUCAUGCAUUGUGUCUUCGAUGUCAGGCUGGCGCCUCGGGGCGAGGUGUCCGGGGUCUGA